UUUUUCUUUUAUUUUUUUUUUAUUAUUUUCGAAUCUAAAUUUUGUAAUUGGUAAUCUCUCUCACCUCAACUGUUCAUCUUCUUCCCCAUUUUCAGUUUGCUUAGACGGUUGUAAUAGUGGGUAGUUUUUUCAUUUUAAAAAAUUUCAAAUCCCAUCCCACUAUCUUAAACUUCCCUCUCAUUUUCCCUCCCAUUUUUAUUAUUUUUGUCUAUAAAUACCUUCAUAGUUCUUCAUAAUGGCCGUUACUCGUUCAUCACCAUCUCCGGCCAAAGUUACAAAACCCACAAAACAAUCGCAGAAAACCAGGCCCAAAUCAAAAAUGGGUAAAAAAAAUCUGAAAGAGAACCCUCCUAGCCCCACUUCCCCUUCUGUUAAAAGAAAAACCAUUGCUGGACCUUCGAAGAACACUCGAGGAAAAAGACCUCGAACUGUUGUUGAAAAUUCAGACUCAGAUUUUGAGUUGGAUUCUGAAUUUCUUAAGUCGCCUGUUUCUGUUAAGGGCAAGGGUAAAUCCCCUGUGAAGGUGUUGCCAUCAUCAGGUGUUUCUGAAGAAAUUCCUGUUAAUAGGAUUGUUGAGGUUUGUCAUGUUAUGCAUUCUGUUCUAUGUUUUUUUGUUGUUUUUUUGUUGUUGUUAUUUUCGUAGUGUUUUAUGGUGUUUUAUCAGUGUUUUUAUUGUUCUGUUUUUUAGGAUUGGGAAUGCAAGUACACUCGAUCUCAAUUUUAUCAUUCUAGAGUAGUAACAUCUGGUUAUUACUCUGUACUUGGUGACAUUAAGAGA